UUCGUUUAGAAUAUUAUCGGUGCUCAACAUCUGAGGACGGCAAGUGACCAAGAUAGCUCGGGAAGAAAUGACAAAAGCAAGGGCAUGGUGAGCACCCUGGGUGGAAGGUUAAAAAUUUGGAAUCAUGAAUGCCUUUGAAUAUCGGCUGUUGCUUUCUGCAGAAUCAAACUCCGCAUAUUCAACCAACAGCUGCAUUCAAAUCGGCUUCGCUCAUAUCAUUAAGUGAACGAGCAGAUUUGCAGUUGAGGGAGACUUUGCCAACUCUAUGAUCCUUCAGGUCGUCAGGAGGCAAGAGAAGAUUUAUUUUUACCUGCAGUUAAGUGCUGAUCUGAUAGAAGGAUUGAAGAUCGUCGCGACAAACGACUAAAAUUAAGACCUUUGGGCUCAGUAACUUCGUUUUCACAUGGCUGAACCGACUCACACGAUGGGUCAGGAAUUUCAGGUGCAAAGGGAUAUCACAAAAAUGAGAAAGUGCGAGAAGGGCUUGAUCCUUAAUUCCGUCUUGUUCAUGCUUCUGAUGGGAACGUUUCCUGAAAUAUAUGUGGCAUCUCCGCUCACGAAAUUUAAGCCUGAGCAUGCAAAGUACAAAGAGGACCCCAAGGAGACGGCAGAACUUGCGGUGUUCCGCAACCGUGAAUUGGGAAGUCCGGUCUCGAGCACACUCCCGAAUCCUAAAAUGAUUGAACGUUAUGAGGAACAAACAGAAAGGCCUGCAGUUGGCGCUGUAAUAGAUGGCGAAAUUUUCGCAUGGAGUCAAAGAAGGAAAGAUACGGGCCCGGCCAAAUUAACUCCUCCUCAAGAGGUUCAAGGUCCUCGGCACCAGAGUAGAAAGCGUGCAGCAGGUGCGGUAGAAGAUCUAGAAAUUUAUGGAGGGAGCAAAAGGAGAAAAGGAACGAGGCCGGACAGUUUCACCCUUCCUCGAGAGGCUGAAAGUCAUAACAGAGAAAUGACACACAACCAACUGAACGCGUUUGAUGUCAACGCCGAGGCAUGGGGAAGGGGUGAUUCAAUGGACGCAGCACGCAAAUAUACCCUUGAUGCUCACUACACUGAUGCCAAAACUGACAUGGGCAGAAUGAAGAACACGAAUGAAGAUCGACCAUCAAUUCUGCAAGAACAAGAAUCAGACAAAUUCGAAGAAAUUCAAAAUAAAAUUGAAAUUAAAGGACAGAAGAGAAGCGGGAGAAAAAGUCACUACCAGACGUCAAAAAAGCGGAGGAAUGUAGAAGUUAAUGUGGAGCAAGGAGAAGAGGGUGCGCCUAAUAUUAUGGUCCGUACUGACGCCGAAAGUGGCAUAGACAGAACGAAGCUUAUGAAGGAAGAUCAGUCAGCGACCUCACAUGAAGCGAAGCAGAACACAUUGGAAGGAAGCCAAGGAACUUUCCGAACCCAUGUUGCAACACAUGAACUGGCUGAAGAUCACGCCGCAGAAAUGAAACUUGGCCAGAACAGCGGGAAAGAAACGGUUGAUACAAGAGAAGUUAACGGCGAACAAGGAGAGAACGGUGUCUCUAAUAUCAUGAAGAGCACUGUUGGCAGAAGUGACGUCAGUAGAAGGAAGAUGAUGAAUGAAGAUCCCCGGUUGACCUCAGAAGAAAUGCGGCUGGACACAUUGGAAGGAAGCCAAAGGUAUGGCUACGCCAUGGCUAAAUCUGCUAAAAUGACCGUAGAUCAUGACGCAGAAGCGAACCACAACCGACAGAGAAGGAAGAAAUAUCUCAGGCUGCUACGGGAAAAGAGAAAAGCAAAAGAUGGGAAUUCCGGCCGAGAUAACGGGACGGAAUCUGAUACUGUUCACAGCACUCCUGCCGGAACUGAGGUCCGAACACCUAAAUUAAUGGAUAACACAGAGGGAGAGUGCCGCAAAAUCUAUCUCCCUGUCGCCAUCAUAAUGUCAUUUCUAGGAGGAGUACUUGCCGCAUUUGUAGUGAUUUGUUGCUGUUUGAAACGGAGAUAUUGUCAGCAAGGCUACGAACGCCCUGCAUCCGAAGGUACGCGACACAAACUUUAUGAAAGACGACGACAUAUUUCAGAAGAUAUAUCUCGUAAUAUGACACCAAUACUGGAGGGAUGCACCGAUCUCAAGCUGUACAGAAUUACAGAAGUCCACCGAGUGAGACUAGAAUCGCUAACUGAAGACGUCGUGGAGAAUAUUAGUGAGACGCUCUUAAAGGGAAAUGUGAUAACGGAAUUAAACCAUGAGGAAAUCAGAAAGUUGACGAGAAGUGACCGAAGACAAGAUGCUUCGAAACUGCUUUUGAAAUCGGUGCUCGACAGAAACUUUUGGGAAUGCAGGAUGUUCUGUAGGGAACUUGCCAAAAUGCAAGAAAAACAACAAAGCCUUAUAAGUGUUCUGGAGCAGUCCGUCGAGGAAGAAACGGUUCUGCAACACAGAUACACUCUCCGAAUUCAAAGUAAGAAACUGAGAGAUGCAUGCACACAAGGAAACAAAAUGCCCAAGUCACGUUUAAUUGAUGACAUCUACACUGACCCAAAGAUUACUCGGCCACAACCUGAACACGAUAGUCGAACAGGAGAAAGUAAGAAGCACGUUCGAGAAUUUAAAACCCAUGAACUAUUGAGAAUUAUCAACACUGACUCUGAGAAGAACACCAUCGCCGUCGUCUGUGGGGCUGCAGGGACUGGCAAAAGCACCAUGAUACAGAAGAUAAUCCAUGACUGGGCCACGAAAAACAAACAAGAAAACUUCAAGUUUGUCUUUCAUUUUAAAGUUCACAACUUAAAUGCAAAAAAAUGUGGAAUAACUUUAAACACCUUGAUCCUUGACCAAUAUCCUUACCUGGAAGAUUUUCUUGAAAAACUGUGGAAAGAACCCAAAAGCAUAUUGUUUAUAUUUGAUGAUUUGGACCAACUAGAUCGGCCCGUUAUUUUCUCAGAAAAUGAGAAAAACAUAGAUCCACGACAUCAUUGUCUCGGACCCGAGUCUUAUUGCUUCGUGUCAGACAUCGUGCAAAGUCUCAUACAGGGAGACUUGUUGAAAGGGUGUUCAGUGCUUUUCACAAUCCAGCCUUUCAAACUGGAUCCUCUGUGUCAGUUAACCUUAGAUUCAACUUUCCAAAUCGGGGUAUUCAACUCUGAGAAAGCAAAAGAAUAUUUUCGCCGUUAUUUCCGGGGUAAUCUAUACGCGAACGAUAUUCUGGAAUUCAUUGAGCAGAGUGACAUCUUGUGGAAGAUGUGCGAUAACCCUCUGUUUUGUUUGGUCCUCGCCUCGUCGCUGGAGUCUCGCCAAUCAGAAGCUGACGCUCAGACACCAAUCCCCACCAUAAGCCACACUUGGUUGCUCUCUGACUACGUCAUGCUCCUUCUCGAGAGAUGCGGAUAUGAUCAGAAAACCUCUCUAAAGAGUUUGCUUGAACUGGGAGAACUGGCCUACGAACGAAUGGCUGGUAAAACACUUCCGUCUGAAGUCGACACAUUAGGGACACUGAAUUCUUGUUCUCCCAGAUUGAUCACUGCGGUUAUGAUCCAGGCUCCAGACAAGGAGAGUGAUGGCGAUAUUUACGAAUUCAGGAACUCUGUUAUGCAGAACUUCCUUGCUGCACUAUCGAAAAGACUAAAUACUCCAGGAAUUGGACUGAAAGGGUUACUCGACGAAGCACUCAUGGUCACUGACGGCAGACUCAAUACAUUUUCACGUUUUCUUCUUGGGCUGGUUUCGCGGAAGCUAACUGCUCGCCUUGAGUUGGAAUUUGGUUCAUUUCCUUCUGAUGCCACUUCUGUUAUCACACAGUGGCUCACGGAAGAUGUCAAACGGCGCUUACCGAACCUGGAAGGGAAGUAUUACCAAAGCAUGUUUUUAAAUAUACUGCACUACUUACUUGAAUUUGGAGACACUCGAGUAACCAGGGACGUGCUGGAGCCGAUUAGAACAAUUAAAUUCAAUCAAUGCCUCCUCAAACCUUCCGACUGUGUGGUUUUAUCGAGAACUUUGAUCCACUCUGAGGUGAUUGAAGAGCUGGAUCUCAGUUCAUGCCUAAUACAACAGAAGAGACUCCAACAACUGGACCCAUUGCUGCGCAGAUGUCAAAUUCUCAGACUCAAUGAGAAUGACCUGCAAGAUUCAGGCGUGAGAAGUCUCUUUAAUAUUCUGAACAUAAAUGCCUGCAAAAUACAAACUCUGGAGCUGAGAUCCAAUCAUCUCACAGAUGAUUGUCUGGACGGGCUGUUCUCCGCACUCAGCACAAAUUGUUCAUUGACGCAGCUGUACCUGAGCAAUUCCAUUCAGGAUGAGCAACACGCUAAUCGGUUCACCGAUGAAGUACUGCAGAAACUUGUAGAUAGAAGCGCACCUCAGAAACAAAUCAGAUGGUUACACAAUCAAGAUAUUGGACAGGACAUCGCAGCGUCUUCCACUGCAUCGAAUGUUUUAACUGUAAUAACAGAUUAAGGACAAUUUAUAAGUUAGAUUGUCUUACAUGAAUACAAUCAUUAUCGUGGUACGUCCAAUGUGAUUAUACGGGAAUGGUACAAUAUAUUGAAUUUUGAGGAAAAUGCCACGAUGUUGAGCACGUUAGAAAACUCUAAAAAAUGUCUUUCAUUUUUAAUCUUUUUAAUAGUUUUCAAAUUAAUACAGAUUAUUAUAUCAAUGUUUAUGCAUGUAAUACAGAUCAGGAGAACAAUCAUGAC